GUGAAUCAAGAUGAUUAUCGUUACUGGCGGCAUGGGCUUCAUCGCUUCUAACAUUGUCAAAGCCCUCAACGACCGCAACCGGACCGAUAUUAUCGUUGUGGAUGACUUAACUGACGGAUCUAAAUUCACCAACCUUUCCGACUGCGAGAUUGCAGAUUAUUUAGACAUUGGCGAAUUCCGCACGGCUAUUGCUCAAGACUCGCUGUCUCCGCCUCCGGAUAUCAUCUUCCACAAUGGCGCGUGUUCUGUGACGACCGAGCAAAAUGGAAAAUUCAUGAUGGACCUCAACUUCACCAUGUCGAAGGAAAUUUUACAUUACUGCCAGAAACAUAGGUCACGGCUGAUCUAUGCUUCGUCUGCGGCGGUAUACGGAAAGAAUGCUUUCCCAGAGGCUGGGCAGCAGCCCCAGAAGCCUGUUCCGCUUAAUGUCUACGGCUACUCGAAGCUCCUUUUCGAUCAGUAUGUGGCACGCCACUUGAACGAAUAUAAAGGUCUUCAAGUCGUUGGACUGCGCUAUUUCAAUGUCUAUGGGCCCCGGGAACAACACAAGGGGCCCAUGGCGAGUAUUGCAUAUCAAAUGCAUCAACAACUCAAAGGAGGCUCGAAAAUCAAACUUUUCGGGGCAUAUGACGGCUAUGCAGCUGGAAUGCAAAGUCGAGACUUUAUCUCUGUGCACGACAUUGUCAAGGUGAACUUGUGGUUCUUUGACCAUCCCUUGGUCUCUGGGACCUUCGAUGUGGGUACUGGUCGGUCUGAAACAUUCCUCGAGGUCGCAAAGGCCGUUUCAGAAGCACAUCGUGUCCAGGAUGCGAUCAGUUUUAUCCCGUUCCCCGAGUCUCUGAAAGGGAACUACCAGAACUACACCUGUGCAAAUACAAACAAACUACGGGCGGUGGGCUUUUGUGAGGAGUUGAGACCUGUUGCUGUUGGUGUGAAGAAAUAUGUGCAGUCAUUGAUAGAGUCCGAGAUAUGA